AUGACAAAGUUUGCCUUGGAGCAAAAUAUUGCUCAGCUAUCAGCGGCGAUAGUCACCAGACAGAUGUGCUUUGAGAGAGACAUAGCCGUUGCGGCUAUACAUCAUAUGGCCAUCACAAAGGAAAUGACUAAUGGGAAGUGGAUGCUAUUCCCGCCUCUAGACCGAGUGAACCACAUUUGGUCGGUUGUUGCCCAUGCUGUAGCCACAGGUCAUCUGGGCCUUGGUGCGAAGGUGUCGCCGAAACUCGGCCAUCUGGAAACUGGGCGCAAACUUAUCUGCAUUUACACCUAUGAUUUCUCUAAUGUAGAGGAUGUCAUACGAGUCUUGCACACACUGAGAGAUCUUGGGCUCGUUCGACGAAACGAAACGCCGAUAUACUACAAGUGCGACGCCUACACAUACCUCGAAAUAUUCUCUGGCAACAGAUGGGACAUUCGGCCGUCGCUAUACAGCUCGCAAGAUGGCGAGGAUGAGCUCAAAUACAGCAGAGGUUUUUAA